AUGCUACAGCUUCCCGUUCACGAGAUCGACACCUUCACCGGCUGGAAGCCGCCCACUCCGCAGAACGACCCCAUCAACCUCGUCAUCGCCGUCUCCUUCGGCUUGCUUGUACCUCCUCGAAUACUCAAUGGCGCCAAAUACGGAGGGCUUAACGUACACCCAUCACUCCUCCCCGACCUGCGCGGUCCAGCGCCUAUCCAUCACACGCUACUUCAGGGUCGCAAGACAACAGGCAUUACGCUUCAGACUCUCCACCCGAAGCACUUCGAUCAGGGCAUGAUCUUGGCUCAGACGCCUGAGCUCGACAUACCACAUCCAGAUACCUGCACGCCAAAGGUGUUGAUUGAGUAUCUUGCACCUCUCGGCGGACAACUGCUAGUGGAAAGCCUGAGGAAACGGCUUUUUGUUCCUCCGCUGGAAGAUGCAGGCUGGUAUGCCAAAGAAGGACAGAAGCUGUGGCACGCGCCGAAGAUCACCAAAGAGGACAGGCAUAUCAACUGGCCGAGGCCACAACACUUUCAUUACUCAAUCCAACAUAGCCCGUCUUCCGUAGUUCGGACCGCAGAGGACCUUUUACGCCGUGACCGUGUACUUGGCGACUUGUGGGACACCACGACAUAUCAGUCCGUUAUCCCGUACGAGGCCAAGGCGAAGAGGAUCGUUUUUCACGGGUGGGAGCAAGUAUCGAGCGACGAUCCUGUGUUCAAAGAGUUGGGUCCAGCGGAGGAGCUCAAACCGGGAGUACCGCACAUCGCAGAACACUCCAACGCGUCGCCCAGUCUCUACUAUAGGACCCAAGAUGAGCCUCCUAAGCUGGUCAGGGUUACUAGCUGCACGGUCGAAGGUGGCAAGAGAGGAGUAGGGGUUUCAGAGAUUAUGACAGUACGGGCUAGAAGGAACUAG